AUACCUUCUUCUUGAGCCGACGGAGCGGAGCCGCGAGUGGUGGCGACAUGGUGACGUUUCAGCGUGACGUCGGAAGCACAUGUGCAUCUGUAACAACUAUGGAGCAGCAACCUUUACUGUGAUGUCAAGGAGAGUAGGGGUGGUCUGAAGCGAGACGGCUUUAAGCUUUUCUUCGUUCAUCCCUCGUUAUUCAUCGGAUGAACUCUGACCAAGCAAGUCACCUGCUAUCCUUCAUGAUGACCCAAUGAUCAACUCUCCUCUGACCCUCCACUGAUCGUUCAGGGGCCACAUCACUGAGUGUGCUCCUCUCCACACCUCACGGCAUCAUGGGGGACAUAGUCCAGAUGCACUUCAGCACGGUGGAUUAUGUGAUUUUCGUCGUGCUGCUGGUCGCCUCUGCAGGAAUCGGCCUUUACUAUGCCUUCUCAGGGGGUCGCCAGAGGACCACACAAGAGUUCCUGCUGGCCGACCGCAGCAUGCGCUGCCUUCCGGUGUCCCUGUCACUGCUGGCCACCUUUCAGUCAGCAGUGGCCAUCUUGGGUGCCCCAUCUGAGAUUUACACACAUGGCACACAGUAUUGGUUCCUGGGCUGCUCCUACUUCCUGGGCCUGCUCAUCCCUGCACACAUUUUCAUACCUGUUUUCUAUCGGCUCCGUCUUAGCAGCGCGUAUCAGUAUCUGGAGCUUCGUUUUAGUAAAAGUGUUCGGAUAUGUGGCACUGUGACCUUCAUCUUUCAGAUGGUGAUCUAUAUGGGAGUUGUUCUGUAUGCUCCAGCACUCGCACUUAAUGCAGUAACAGGUUUUGACCUUUGGGGGGCAGUGCUGGCCAUGGGAUUGGUGUGCACACUUUACACGGCUUUGGGUGGCCUAAAAGCGGUGAUCUGGACAGAUGUGUUUCAGACAAUUGUUAUGUUCGCGGGGCAGCUGGCAGUGAUUGUAGUUGGCACCCAUCAGGCGGGUGGCAUCGCUGAAGUUUGGAGGAAAGCACAAAACGGCAGCCGUAUCUCAGGCCUUGACCUGAACCCUGACCCUCUAGAGAGGCACACGUUCUGGACUCUGGGGGUGGGGGGUAUUUUCCUCAUGCUGGCCCUGUAUGGAGUGAAUCAGGCUCAGGUCCAGAGAUACCUCAGCUCCCGCACAGAGAAAGAGGCCAUCAUGUCCUGUUAUGCCGUGUUCCCAUGCCAGCAGAUUGUGCUCACAUUGGGCUGUUUAAUGGGUCUGGUUAUGUAUGCUCGAUAUGGAGAGGAGAGCCCGUUGGAUCAGGGCUAUGUCAAAAGUAAUGACCAGAUGGUGCUGUACUUCGUAAUGGAUGUAUUGAGAGAUCUUCCUGGUUUGCCAGGACUGUUUGUGGCAUGCCUGUUUAGUGGAGCUCUCAGCACAAUCUCAUCUGCCUUCAACUCCCUGGCAACAGUUACCAUGGAGGACUUGAUCAAGCCUCAUGUACGACCCAUGACAGAGGCCCGUGCCACCCUUUUAUCAAAAAUGUUGGCUCUUGGUUACGGUCUUGUGUGCCUGGCUAUGGCAUACAUCGCAUCCUUAAUGGGUUCUGUGCUGCAGGCAGCACUCAGUAUUUUUGGGAUGGUGGGUGGACCUCUUCUUGGCCUUUUCUGUCUCGGGAUGUUUUUCCCUUGGGCCAAUUCCACUGGUGCUCUGGUUGGGCUGGUGUCAGGGCUGGUCAUGGCUUUCUGGAUCGGUAUCGGCAGCUUUGUUUCCCGAAUGUCUGCCUCUGCAUCACCUGUGAUAAACGCCACUGUCAUACCUGACGUGGGAAACAUGACAACGGCUGUGAUGACGACACUCCUCACACCUAAACCAAGGCCUUCUGGAGUUCAAGCUUUGUACUCUCUAUCAUACAUGUGGUACAGUGCUCAUAAUUCUGCCACAGUUGUUGUGGUCGGACUACUGGUCAGCUUUCUUACGGGGCCUUGGAAAGAGAAAGAGUUAAACCCAGGUACGAUUUACCCUGUGCUUGGCAAUCUGCUGUUCUUUCUGCCCCAGCGCUACAGGGAGAAACUCUGCUGUGUUACUCCACUGGAAGACAACUCCAAAGGCCUGGACCAUCAGCCUUACCAGAUGGCCCAAAAAGAGAGCAAUGGUGUUGCCUAUACUAAAGAGGAAGACAAGCUCAGGGAAGAGGAAGGAGAAAAGAUAACCGCCCAGCCUACUUGCAACCUGGCCCAUACAGUGCAGGAAACAGCCUUGUGAAUUCUCCACACAGCCUGAGCCUGAAGGGUCUUAGUAUCCCGCAGGCUCUGAGAAGAAAACGUCAUUUACGAUGCCAAAAUCUCACCGUUUUCUCCUCUUGAAUUUGGUAAGAAGCUUAAAUCCGUAAGCUGUGGGUCCUUUGCAAUAUUGGUAUGCUGUGCCCUCAACUGUCGGUGAUUGAGGAGAAGGGGUGUCUUAUUUAUAUGUGGUACUUUAUGAUGUCAGUGGUCUGUCAUGAAAUUGUAUUAUGUUUAGAUCUUGAAGAAAUUGAAACGUGUUGUGCUGAAGCGACACAAGUGAUCACCUAAAUCUUUCCGUUUACAUGUCUUAAAUUGCAUCUAAAGAACACUUGUUGAAUAUUGAAUACUAGUUGAACAUUGCCGGUUCGUGAUAGACAUACCCGCAUAAAUGAAAGAAGGUCAUGCUGAACGUCAGGUUUAAGAUGAAUGGUUUAACACCAGAAAGACCACAGUUUGCACAAAUCUGUAGUCAUUUAAUGUCAGUGCUGUUCGUGUUUUGGGGUUUUUCUCUCCCAAAGAUUUAGUUUCGUCCAAAGUUCACUACAUUAGCCUUUCCAUUCUGUUUGCCUUGAAAGUGCUAUCGUCAAUGUGUUUGUCCCCUAAACUGAGGUAAAGGUUUACAGUGAAUGAAGAAUUGCUAAUAUUGCAAACUGAAAUGUCGUAAACUUUUAGCUUAACGUUCAUGAAAAGACUAUCUGCAAGUCUCAUAUUAUGAUAGGUACAAUGAAGCUAAUGCAUGUUGAAUCUAGUCCCCUCAUUGAAGCCCAUUGUUUGUGACAAGUGCCUCCUCAUAUGAAUGUAAGAUGUAGUUUCGUGACUGGAUUGUUGCUUUAGUUUACCGUUUCAUCCAAAUGGAGCAUGGGCAUGGGUUUUUAAAGCAUCUGGACAACUCUCUGUUAAAUUCCCACGAUGCUUUGCGUUGUGAGGGGCCUGGCUAACUAAACUUUAGCAUCUCAAAAAAAGAAGUUUCAAAAUUACCUAGAUUUAAUCAUUUUGGUAUGGAUGAUUUUUUUUAGAAAACGGUCAUGUUAGAAAUAUAGACAAGUUCUUCAAAUGUUAUAAUAUCCUAUUCAGAUGUAGAUAUAGAAGAUACUCGUUAUAGUAUCAAUACUAACUGGAUAAAAUGGAAACCUCAGUGCGGGUUACUGACCACAAUUCUUAGCGUUAGCAUAUGGAUCGCUUUAGUUGCACUCGUUUUCUUGUAAUUUGAUUCUUUUUUUUUUUUUUUGAUGUUGUAGUGGCAUUUUCUGUGCUUUGCUGUCUUGACUAACUUCAGACCUCAGUCUAAGCCAUACCAUUUGUAGUUGCCGUAGGAUUCCUAGGUCCUUGUAUCGUGCCUAUGAUUGAAACGAAAGCUUUCUGUGAACCUGUCACAAUCUCACAAGCACAGGGGGUCGGUUAUAUAUUCAGGUUAUGCGCUCUGGGUCAACAUUUUGUGGAAGUCUCACAUCUACUAGUGUGUUGUUUUCUUUUUCAUUGGUUCUUUGUGGGUGUAUCAUCUUGGUCUAGUGAGAGGUUUCAGUUUAACAUCAAUCAUCAUAUGUGGAAUCAUGCUAUUAAUCACAUGUGGAAACAUUAGAAGUCGGUUCACACGGAAUGCGUUUUUGCAUUUCAGUGUAGUGUUUUUAAAAUGAUUUUCAUAACUCACCACUUUUCCAGCAUCGCACUCAAUUUCAAAAGUAAAGCGUUAAAAUAAAACCGUUCGAAUAACGGUUUAAACAAUGCGACUCGAGACCUUGCGUUUCUCCCACGUCAAAACGCUUGAUUUUUUUUUUU